AUGGCCAAUGUCCUAGCGGCGAUUUUGCUCGUGGCGGUUGUCAAAGCUGAUUCAUACAACGGAUACGGCUGGAACAGAGACGGCGGGGGUCGAGGAUGGAGGUAUGGCGACGACAACGACGACGACGACGACGGCGACGGUAAUAGCAUUUACGGCGACGAAGCGAACGGCUUCGGGCUGGGAAGUGCUGCGUCCUUCGACCGAGCCAACAAUGUCUUGAUCGCCCACGCGAUCGUCGCUUCAGCCGUAUGGGUGCUGUUCGUACCAUGGGCAGCCCUCAUUCUUCGCAUCAACCUCAAAAGCCCCAUCGUGCUCAAGCUGCAUGCGGGCUUGCAGAUCUUUUCGUACCUGGUAUACAUUGCUGGUGCUGGCAUGGGAAUCUGGCUGGCGCAGCAGAUGGCACCUUACGGUGUCUGGAACGAUGUCCACCCGCGACUCGGCCUCGCAAUCCUCGCCAUCGCGUUUUUCCAGCCUAUCUUCGGAUUUGUUCACCAUCGUAUCUUCAAAAAGCGUGGUCGUGUUCAUCUGUGGGUUGGUCGUUCCCUAAUCGUGCUGGGUAUUAUCAACGGAGGACUCGGGAUCCGGCUGACAAGCUUCUCUCCCUUUCGCACUGAUGCUCAGACGCGCACGAGUGCAAUUGUGUAUGGAGUUAUAGCUGGCGUCAUGUUCGCCUUGUAUGCCCUGCUCGUCGCCAUGUUCGAGACUCGGCGAAAGCGUGCUCAAGGCAAAGCUCCGCCCUACAAUAUUGCUCAACAAAAGGGCCUCCCUUCCUAUGAGGAAAGUCAGAGUUCUGCAUCGAGUUUGGCCUCGAGACAAAACACCGGCGGGUACAAUGGUACUGGUCCUGCACCCACUGCAGCACCAAUACCCGGUGGGAAUGCUCCACGGUACUCGUGA